GUAAAGGAAUCUGUUUCCGUUGUCCAAAAAAAAAAAAGGAAUCUGUUUCCUUCUUCUCAACUGAAACUUCUUCAGCGGAUCUGAAUCAUUUCGACUCAACAUUUGAAGGGAAGGGAAGGGAAGGGAAAGAAGAAUCAAUCAUGGGUUGGAUCGGAGAAACAAUGGAUUCCAUCAAAUCAAUCAAGAUCCGUCAGCUUCUCACUCAGGCCGUCACCCUCGGUAUGAUAGUGACGUCGGCAUUGAUAAUAUGGAAGGGGUUGAUGUGUGUGACUGGCACUGAAUCUCCAGUUGUUGUUGUUCUCUCUGGAAGCAUGGAACCUGGCUUUCAGAGAGGGGAUAUAUUGUUCUUGACCAUGACCAAAGAGCCCAUUAGAACAGGCGAGAUUGUUGUUUUCAAAAUUGAUGGUCGUGAUAUACCCAUCGUCCAUCGUGCAAUCGAAGUUCAUGAGAGGAAAACUACUGGAGCAGUUGAUGUUCUAACAAAAGGUGACAACAAUGAGGUGGAUGACAUCGGUCUCUAUGCUGAUGGACAAAUGUGGCUUCAUCGUCACCAUAUAAUGGGCAGAGCUGUUGCGUUCUUGCCUUAUGUUGGAUGGGUUACUAUUAUCAUGACAGAAAAGCCUAUCAUCAAGUAUAUACUCAUCGGUGCAUUGGGUCUGCUCGUUAUAACAUCCAAAGACUGAGACAACAAUACAUAAAGACGGGUCUAUGGUGUGGGGAAGUGGCUCCUGCAAGUGCAACCCUCGUCAUCUUUUGAACUCAUUCCUUAAACCAAAGAAACAAAACCAAUUUUAUGAUUGAAUUUUAGAAUCUUAUAACCCAAAUUUAAUAAAUGUAUUAAGUUUUGGUAAAUUAGCAAAACGCUUUUAUAACAAUUCUUUUAAACAACAUUGCCUGUGA